AUGGACAGAGAGCGCCCUAAAUCAAAUGCUUCCAAUCAGUCAGAUUCUUUGAGAUUAAAAAGAAACUCAUUUCAUAACAAUAGCAGUUCUAAUGGAGAUAAAAAAUUGGAAUAAUUUGAUUAAAAAAAAAUUAAAUUACCAGAGAUAAGGAGAGAUGCAUCUCUUACAUAGGGGUAAAUUUAAACAUAAGCAGGAUCAAAAAGUUCUCAUCCUCCUAAUUCAAAAAACUUUAACAACUCUAAUAGUUAAAAUAAGUAAAUUAAUGAUGAAAACUAAUUGAAUGGAGCAGCACUUUAUGCUAGUUACAAUACAACUGGUGUAGGUUAUAAUAGUAGCUAAAAAUCAAGAUAAAGUUUAGAUAUGUCAAUGCAGCCAUAUAUCAAUCCAAGUUAAUUUUAACAAACAAAUAUAGCAUAGGUAUAACUUGCUUCUGAAGUUUAGGGAUAGUAGCCAGUUGCAAUUGGAUUAUCAUAUGUCUUAAACAAGAUUAAAAAAGAUAGAAAAGUUACAGAUGAAGAAGCUCUUAUUAUGGAAAAUCGUAUCAAGCUGCUGAAAAAAGAAGAGCACAAGACAAAGAAAAAAAUAGAAGAAAUGAAUAAAAAAUCUGAAGAAAUAUUUUCUAUUAAGGCUAGGCACGAGUAAACAAAAUAUAUGAGAUAAAUUAUGCAGUAAGAGGAAGAAAUGAGAAUUCAAUCAGCAAAGGAAUAACAUGAAUAGUAGAGAAUGAAAUAAAAGGAAAAGAGAUUUGAUAAAAUAAGCGAAAUAUUAUUAAAAAAUCAUUAGCAUUAUGAGCAAGUAAAAUCUGAAAAAGAAGCCAUAAAAGCUAUGUUGUAGGAAUAGAAGAAAAAGGAAGAAAUAGAAAAUGUUACCUAUGUUAAAAAAAUAAAGAAGAAAUUAAAUUAAGCAUCUAAAAAAAUUUAAGAGCAGAAGUACCAGGAUGUAGAGAAAAUUAUUGAAAGAUACCAAUAGGAAAUACAAUUAGAAGAGUAAAGGAAGCUAGAAAAUUAGAUAAAAAUUUAAAAAAUGGAAUAAGUCGAACAAAAUUUAAUUAAAAAAUUGUAAAAAUCUCAGGUAAUUCAGCAUCAGGCUUUAUUGCAACUACAAGAUGCUAUUAAGUUAAAACCUAGUGAAUAUGCUGCAAAAGUCACUACAAAAAGCUUGGAAAUGAGUGCAGGAAAGAAUCGUUUUAUUGUAAAGAGAGGAUAAAAUACUGAAAUAGAUAUUAAUAAUUAGGAAUAGUUUAAUCCAUAUAAUUAUUAGGUUAAAGGAAACUCUAAUUUAGAAUAGCACUCGAAAUCAUUUUAAGUUAAUUACACAACUAAUCAAACUCCAAAUAAAAAGUAAGGAUAAUUUAAUAGUGGGAAUUAGACAUAUUGUUUAGAUUCUGAUGUUCAAGGGUCAGACUUAAAUAAUAAUGUACAUUCAUCAAAUCAAAAUAAUUCAUUUAAUUUAUCAAAAGAACUUGAUAAUUCUCCUGAAGGACAAUAAAAGGUUAUCAUAAACAAAGAACAACAAAUUUAAUCCUCUAAAGAAGACCACAAUUUUGAAUAAAAUCCAAACAAUAUUGAAAUUUCUCAACAAAAUAUUGAUUUAAAAAGUUAAAGCAAAUAAGAUAAUUAAGAAAAGAAUGAUAGAUCUCCUUCAUCAAGAAAUAAUAAGAGAGAACUUCUUAGUAGAAGUGCAAAUGAUAUUAUUUUGCAAAAUGGAAACUCAAGUGAUUUAUAAUAAUAAAAUUAGCAAUAAUAGUAACAAAAUAAAUAGUUGCAAAUUGUUCCAAACAAUAAGAUUUAUAUGAAUGAAAAUAAAAACAGAAGCUAGUCUACGUUUAAUAAUGAUUUUAGAUAAAAUGCUUCUCCAAAUAAAAUAAGAGGCCUAUCUUAAUCUAAUUAUAAAAAUUUUGAUACUGAAAACUAUAUUCAGCGCUUUGAAACAGAGAACUAAGGGAAAGAUUAUAGUAAAAAGAGAAAAAAAUCAAAAAAGAAGAAAAGUAAAAAAAGUUAAUCAAUCUCAACAUCACAAAAACACUUAUUAAACUAUUCUUAGAACUACAAUCAAUAGCAACAAAUGUAUGCUUAUCAAACUCCUAAUUUUAAUUUGAACUCAGCAUUUAAUUUUGUUAACCCAUGUAUUACGCAUAAAAAAACAAGUUCAGUUACUCCAUUAAAGCAAUAAAUAAUACUAGCAAAGCCACCUAUGAUUUUUUGA